AUGACGGAUCCUACGCCACCAUCCCCAGGAGGUCAUGUUCGCCGACUCAGUGUACCUCUGUCUCCCUUUUGGACGGGCGAAAUCAAAUCGUUUCCCACUUCCGACGAAAAGAAGGCGGAAGAUGACGACAACGAAGCCAUUGGCUCUCCGCGUGUCUCGUCUCGUGGCAUUAUCGAAGUCCCCAUGACGGAGAUUGCCUUUUUCCCACUUCCCAUGGACGACGCGGCGUCGGAUGAACGCGCCUUGUUGCCCGAGAAUCGACCCAGUCGUACUGGCAUUUCCUCCUCGCGUCUUCUCAGCCGCGUGCCAUCGGUUGUCAAGGCAACCGAAGACCAACCAGGCGAAAUUGUGGAUAUUGAUAAAACUCCACCGAUAUCCGCCGAACCGGACACUACCAGUGUGAGCAGUGACACUACUGUGGCCAGCAGCAGCGAUAGUGUCAAAUCCGAGUUUUCCGAGAAUACGGCAGGAAGCAUCUGGGAAGAUGUGCCAAUGGCCAAGCCGGACGCUAUUUUAGGGAUUGCCAAGGAGUACCAACAAUGCACCAAUCCCAGAAAGGUCAACGUGUGCGUGGGAGCCUAUCGGGAUGAAAAUGGAAAACCGUGGGUUUUGCCCAGUGUCCGUCAGGCCGAACGCAUCCUGUGGGAGGAUGAAACGCAAACCAAGGAAUAUUUGCCCAUUGACGGCGACCGAGAGUUUGUUCAGUGUGCCAUGCGCUUUGCCUACGGGCCCGACGUACCGCUGGAACAUUUGGCAGGGGUUCAAACAUUGAGUGGAACCGGUGCCUGCCGCGUGGGAGGAACCUUUUUGGCUGCCUUUUGGCCCAACCACCCCAUUUAUUGCCCCAAUCCAACCUGGGGGAAUCACAUCACCAUCUUUAAAGAGUGUGGAUUGGAUGUUCGCCGCUAUCGGUACUACGAUCGGGCCAAUAAUGGUCUGGAUUUGUCGGGCAUGUUGCGAGACCUGCAAAAGGCACCACGAGGUUCCAUCAUUUUGCUCCAUGCCUGUGCGCACAAUCCCACCGGUUGUGAUCCUACCAUUCAUGAAUGGAAGCAAAUCAUCUCCAUGAUUGGUCAGAGGGAUCAUGUGGCGUUCUUUGAUUGUGCCUACCAGGGAUUUGCAUCCGGUGACGCUGAAGCCGACGCGGCACCCUUUCGCUAUGCCGUCAGUCAGAGAGUUCCCAUUGUGCUGGCACAAUCCUUUGCCAAAAACUUUGGCCUUUACGGGGAACGAUGCGGAUCUCUCUCGGUGGUGUGCGGUGAUGCCGAACAAAAGGAACGCAUCUUGAGUGAACUUCGGUUGGUCAUCCGUCCCAUGUACUCAAGUCCUCCACGACACGGCAGUAGCAUUGUCAAGACGAUUUUAAAAGACGAACAACUCACCAAACAAUACUAUGAAGAAUGUGCCAGCAUGGCCAGGAGGAUCCAGCGCAUGCGGACCAAGCUCGUGGAGUGCUUGUCAACAAUGAGCAAACAUGAUUGGUCACACAUUAAGCGACAAAUCGGCAUGUUUGCCUUUACCGGGUUGACACCGGACAUGUGCCAUCAGUUGACCAACGAAUACUACAUCUUUUUGACAACCAACGGGAGAAUCAGCAUUGCGGGCUUGAAUGAUUCCAAUGUGGAGUACGUGGCCAAUGCCAUUCACGCAGUGACGGACGGAAAGAGCAUGAGCUAA